CCGGGCUCUUUGUGUCGGUGAAGAUGGCGGCUGUAGGGAGGAACACAGUGCUAACGGCGGCACAGAACCAGAACCCGGAGGAGGAGGACGGCCAGAACCUGUGGUCCUCCAUACUGAGUGAAGUGUCGACACGAUCGCGCUCCAAACUGCCCUCGGGGAAGAACGUGCUGGUUCUGGGUGAGGUGGCGUCUGGAAAGACCACGCUGGUGGCCAAACUGCAGGGUGUGGAGGAGUACAUGAAGGGUCGUGGUUUGGAGUAUCUCUACUUUAACGUUCAUGAUGAGGAUGUAGACGACCACACCCGGUGUAACGCCUGGGUGCUGGAUGGAGAUCUGUAUCAUAAAGGUCUGCAGAAGUUUGCGAUGUGUGUGGAGAACCUGGCCGACUCCCUGGCGCUGCUGGUGGUGGACCUGUCCCGGCCCUGGCUGGCUCUCGACUCGCUGCACAAGUGGACCAGCGUGCUAAGGGACUACCUGGACAAACUGAGAGUUCCUCCUGAGACCAUGAGAGAGCUCGAACUCGGAUUGGUUAAGCAGUUCCAGGAGUACGUGGAGCCGGGGAGCAGCGUGGAGGGAGCGUCUCAGAGGAGAAGCGCAGAAUCUGAAGAGGAGAGCGUAGUGCUUCCCCUGGGCGAGAACACACUCACACACAACCUGGGCAUUCCCCUAGUGGUGGUGUGUACGAAGUGUGAUGCGAUCAGCACUUUGGAGAAGGAACACGAUUAUAGAGACGAGCACUUUGACUUCAUCCAGUCACACAUCCGGCGUUUCUGCCUGCAGUACGGCGCAGCGCUGCUCUACACGUCCAUCAAGGAGAAUAAGAACAUAGAUUUAAUAUAUAAAUACCUCAUCCACAGGUUAUACGGCUUCCCCUUUCACUUCCCCGCCCAGGUGGUGGAGAAGGAUUCAGUCUUUAUUCCCUCUGGGUGGGACAACGAGAAAAAGAUCUCCAUCCUGCAUGAAAACCUCCAGAGCGUCAAAGCAGAAGACAACUUUGAAGAUGUAAUAGUGAAGCCUCCGGUUAGAAAGUUUGUACAUGAGAAGGAAGUUCAGGCCGAAGAUGAUCAGGUGUUCCUGGUGAAGCUGCAGACUCUGAUAUCGAAACAGCCUGCAGCAACCGCAGGAAGGCCCGUGGACACCUCAAACAGAGCUCCCACCGGCUCCCCGAGGACGACCAAUCGCUCGGCAGCCGCUAACGUGGCUAACGUCAUGCCCAUGCAAUCAGGUACCAAGAAGAUUGAUCCCAACAUGAAAGGAGGUCAGACCAGCGAGGGCGUGCUUGCCAAUUUUUUCAACAGCCUCCUGACAAAGAAGGCGGGUUCUCCAGGGCCGGGCCAGCCCACAGGGGGGGGCAGCAACACACCUGGAACAGUGCGCAAGUCAGGUUCGAAAUUGGGUUUGACCGACGUGCAGGCGGAGCUUGACCGAAUUUCUAGCAAGUCGGACCCGGAUCACUCCGCCUCCAGCAUGACCACGCCCGCUGCUGAAAACGACGAAUCCUGAGAACAAAACGAGACAACUUGGUGUCACGCCCCCCCCUCCCCUCCCUCCACGUUCCACCUGCUCUUCCUGAAGCUCUCUCUCUCUCUCUCUCUCUCUCUCUAUCUAUCUCUUUGACCUAUGACCUCUGCCUCAUCCAUCUCUCCUCCUCUUCCUGAUUGAGGAGUGUUGUGUUUCCAGCGAGGCCGGUGACUCAGUUGCAUGUAGAGCCCAAUGCCACACUGUUUCUGUUUCUAAUCACACACACACACACACACACACAUACAAACAGAGAGGUCAUGGAGAGGGUGAAAGGCAGCAGCUAUGGUGGUGGAGGAGAGCUUGCGGGAUGUCUGUGUGGUUAUGAAUGUCAGAUAGGGUGCUUAUUUAUUUAUUUUUCUCUCUUUUUGUUUUUCCUUUGCGCAGGAAGUCGUCUCGUGUAGGUGUCCUGUCUUGUUUAAUGUAUUUUGAGUUCUAAGAAACAAACAGAUUGAUAGUUCAGAGAAUGAAUCGCUAGGGAAGCGUCGGCUCUGUGACAUCAUGCUGCAGGGUCCUUCUGGACUCUUCACGUGCACACUACACACACACACACACACACACACACACACACGCAGACAAUAAAACCUCUCAGCACUACAGAGUUCCUCUUUAAUAAACUGACUGCACAGAGCUGCACUUCACAUGACGGCUGUUUACACAUGGUUUCCCCCAAACCCCGCAGAUGCACUACAGCCCCUGCACGCAUGCGUCCGCGCACUAGCCCUGGAGCUUACGCCUGCCUGAGUGUGUGUGUGUGUGUGUGUGUGUGUGUUAAGAAAGAGGUGGUCAGUAGUCUAGUUGUAAGACAGGUGGAGGUGUCUGUAGCUAGAGUAGGUUACUGGAGUCACCCCGAGGGCAUGAGGAGAGGCAGAGGAGGCGGGGCUUGCGAGAUCAGAAGUCACCCGUACCCUGUUCGAAUGUACAGUCAGUCAUGUCCGACUCCCGGGUGGGUGGUGGGGGUAAAUACAUUGACAAUAAACAGGUCCUGUAAUUUCACAAGGUGUAGUCACAUUUCUCUGGAGCAGGUCUGUAAGCAUUCUAUUAAAGUUGUAUUUAUUGGGAAUGAUCAGUUGAUGCCUCUUUAUUUAUAAAU